UUCUUGUAAUAAUUCCUACCUACUUCCACUCUUUUUCUAUACUACAGGCAGGUCCAGUUUCAUACUUCAUCAUGCAAUACUCCAAGUCCUUCGCUCUGUUCUCGUUCGUCUCGGGAGCAGUUGCCCAGCAAUGCACACUGCAGUUCGACGGCCGCAUCCCCGUCGGCACCGAAGUAGAGGCCUUUGACGCCAACAACAACAUAUUCAACCCCAAGAAUGUCGUUGGCGCGGGCUUGACCUUCAGCCAGGUUCUCCAGUUGCCCAACGAAAACAGCUCUCCCUUUGACGGAAACGACAACGUGCCUCUCGCCGUCGCCAUCAGUGACCAGUCCAUCUUCAACAACCAGACGAGCUUCCGACGCGCCGAACUAAUCCCGGCCAGCAACUCGGGCACCGACGCGUCCACAACUGGCAUCAAGACGCUUCAUUUCAGUAUCCAGAAGGACGCCCAACGGCCCCUUAAUCUCUCGCACGAGUACCAGAUGGCCUUCCUCGAGAGCAACGACUUCAGCACAAACCAGGUCGUCCUCAAGGCCGGGACCAUCCUGGGCGGCGACCCCAACGCCGACCCGGAUACACUCACACUCUUUGGCAACGUCAACACCAAGCCGGCGCCCCCCAUCCUCUUCAGCACCUCUUUCACCGAGGGCGUCGUUCACAACUUCGCCGUUACCCUGAACUUCGACGCCAACACGGCGCAGGUGUUCUAUUCCACCGACAACAACGAUCUUGAAGCGCAGGGAGAUGUUCAAGUCAAUAACGUUACCGGUCAGGGGCAGUACCACUUUGGCCUGCUGAAGAAGCCCGUCGGCGGCCAGGGCGAUAUUACCAAGAACGGCUUCCAGCCGGCUGGGAUCGACGAGGCCGUCAUCUACAGCGGCGUCUUCCAAGAGGACAGCGCCAACGGCUGCAUCAGCCUAGCCCCGUGA